AUGACUCCUUUUCUUUCUUUCUUUCUUUCUUUCUUUUUCCUAUUGCUUUCUUUAGAUCUUUCUUUCAUUUUUUCUUACUGUCUCUUUUUCUUUCUCUCUGUUACUUUCAUUAGUCUUUCUUUCUCUCUCUCUCUUUCUCUCUCUCUGUCACUCUUCCUCUCUAUCUUUCUUUCUGUCUCUCUCUUUUUCUUUCAAUAUGUCUCCUUUUUUCUUUCUUUCAUUAUUUCUUUCUUUCUUUCUUUCUUUCUUUCUUUAUAUCUUUCAUUAUUUAUUUAUUUAUUUCUCUCUUUCUGUCUUUCUGUCUUUCCUUCUUUAUUUCUGUCACUAUUUCUCUGUAUCUUCUUUCUUUCUAUAUAUCUUUCUUUCAUUCUUUCUUUCUGUCUCUUUUUUCUUACUCUUUCCUUCUUAUUUUCUUCAUGUCUCUCUUUCUCUUUUCUUCUUUCUGUCACUCUUCCUCUUCAUCUUUCUUUCUAUCUCUCUCUUUUCCUUUCAUUAUGUCUCGCUUUCUUUCUUUCUUUAUAUAUUUCAUUCUUUCUUUCUUUCUUUCUUUCUUUCUUUUUACGAAAGAUCACAAGACUCUCUCUCUCUCUCUCUCAGCUCUCUCUCUCUCUCAGCUCUCUCUCUCUUUCUGCUCUCUCUCUCUCAUCUCUCUCUCUCUUUCUGCUCUCUCUCUCUCUCAGCUCUCUCUCUCUUUCUGCUCUCCUUCUCUCUCUCUCUGCUCUAUCGCUAUUUCCAUGA